AUGGGUGAACUGGGUGGUUUCGGUAAGUGGAGCAGAGAACAAGACAUGGCAUUUGAAAAUGCAUUGGCGAAUUAUCCUGAGGAUGCUGUGGAUCGAUGGGGGAAAAUUGCGGAUGUUGUACCCGGGAAAAGUUUGGAAGAGAUUAUGCGUCACUAUCAGCUUUUGGUCGAGGAUGUCAGCCUCAUUGAAUCUGGAAAUGUGCCUUUACCGUGUUAUGAUUCUUCUCCGGAGGGAUCGACAAAGCGUGCUCGUGGAAAAGGAGCUGUCAAAAAGGGAGCUAAUGGGUCGAAGUCUGAUAAAGAUCGACGAAAGGGCAUUCCUUGGACUGAAGAUGAACACAGGUUAUUUCUUAUAGGCUUGGAGAAGUAUGGAGAUGGUGACUGGCGAAGUAUAUCAAGGAGAUGUGUGGUGACAAGGACACCUACUCAAGUCGCAAGCCAUGCUCAGAAAUACAAGAUUCGUCAGAAAUCAAUGAAUGAGAAGAAAGAAAGAAGAAGGCGAUCCAGCAUACAUGAUGUCACCCUUGAGAAAAAUGUAGACAUUCCAGGACCUCAAGUACCAAUUACUGGUCAAUCAAGCGAUCCUGCAGCAAGUUCGGCUGGAGAAUCAGCCACACAAGUUCCUCCAGCCCCAGCUACUGAAAUGAUUGCUGCUGCCGCACCUGCUGAAAUGUUUGCUGCAGCCCCACCUGCUGAAAUGUUUGUUGCAGCCCCAUCUGCUGGAAUCAGAACUUUAGAUAAUCCUCCGGCCCCACCUGCUGGAAUCAGAACUAUAGAUAAUCUUCCUGCCCCACCUGCUGGAAUUUAUGCUGCUCCUAGGAUCUGGCAACCUGUAGGAGGACCAGUUGUAUCUGCAGAUGGCACCACUCCAGUGAAUCUCACUGCUUCUGGACACACGGCUUAUGGUCGUGUGCCGGUUUCUGGGACAGCUAUUCAAGAGGCACCAAUGAACUUUAGUUCUCUGAAAUAUCUCAUGCAACAAACAUCUACUCGCAUGUAA